AUGAGUGUCUCGAAGACUGCUCCGAAAGCCAUUCUAAAAGCUCUUCAGGAAGCACUGACUUCCGGACCCGCCCAACAGAUCGGGGAUGCAGGAUACUACAAGCCACGACCACAGCUAUUUCACCACUAUAAUGGCUCAACGUGGGUCUCAUACUCGCCACAGAACUACCCGAAUGGUGCAGAACUCCCCACGAAGAACCUGCGCAUAAUGUCAUGGAACAUCGACAUGCUUAUCGGAUUCGCGGAAGAACGCAUGAGCGCCGCUCUCGCACACUUGUCCAAUUUAGUCGCAAGCACGAAUAAAGAGGUACCUGUAGUCAUAUUCUUGCAAGAGAUGAGCCAGUCAGACAUGCAACAGAUCCGCAACGCACCGUUCAUACAAAACUACUUUUACAUAACAGACCUCGACGAACGGAACUGGCUAAGCCCAUUGUACGGCACAAAUACGCUCAUAGACCGGCGUUUAACAAUCAAAAACGUUUUCCGCGUCCCUUGGAUUAGCAAGUUUGGCCGCGACGGGCUGUUCGUGGACCUCACGCUUUCCGAUCAAGGCAAAGGAAGGGUGCUAAGACUAUGCAAUACCCAUCUCGAAUCGCUCGUAGCGGACCCUCCGGUCAGACCGCUGCAGCUUCAGGCCGCUGCGCCAUAUCUUCAUGACUCUUCUGUUGCCGCGGGGCUACUAGCUGGUGACCUAAACGCUAUUCAACCUUUUGAUCGUGCAUUACAUUCCGACAACGAUCUCAAAGACGCUUAUCUUGAGCUUGGGGGCCAGGAGGACAGCGACGACGGAUACACGUGGGGCUACCAGGUGCCACAAGCGCUGCGCGAAAAGUUUGGAUGUAGCCGCAUGGAUAAGAUACUUUUCUCGGGAGCAUUGAGGCCGCAGAAGUUCGAGCGCAUAGGUAUGGGCGUCAAGGUGGCGGAGGAAAAGAGGCAAGAGAUGAGGGCGGCCGGGGAAGAAGAGUGGGUAACCGACCAUUAUGGCGUUAUGGCCGACUUCCACCUGAAUGACGAGAGUGUCUUGGCCAUGACCGAGAAGCGUGAGGAUGAGUCGCCACUAUCGAAGCUGAGUUGA